UGUAUGCGUAUUGCCUAUAAAUAUGUUUUUAACACGAUAUCGCGUGUUGUACGUUAAAUUUGCACCUACUUUUUUGGGUACAACGUAAAUUCAAUCAAUAUGUAUUGUUUUAUCGAACGUAAAUCUGAUUUUGCUUUCUUAAUGCAACAUUCGAUAGAUUCGAAGAAGGUAUAAAAAGAAGUUUCUAAAGGUAGACCAGGACCAACUGCAGUACAGGCUAGGCCGAUCUGAAUAGGCCAAGCCGUUACGGUAAAAAUGUGGCCGUCAUAAAUAAUUGCUGGCCGUCCAAAAUACGGCCAGACGGCUCGCUGGCUAGCGGCCCUUGCUUUCAUUAUGACAAUAUUUAGUUGGGCCGCGGUAUAAUAUUCAAUGUUUUCUUAUCAAAUCAGGUUCACUUCCACGACUGUAACUGUAAGUAUUAAAUGGCAGGUGAAAAGCAAACGGACCCGCUUAGGGGAUUUGCUGAAGGUAUCCUUCAGUGUUCGAUAUGCUUUUGUGAGAUGGAACAACCUAAACAACUUGGAUGUGGACAUGCGUUCUGCUUAAAAUGCGUGGAAGGCUAUUUCGCUACACAGAAUGAUCGACGACGUGUAGAGUGUGCCUUAUGCAGAAAGAAAACCAACGUGCCAUCCCAUGGUCUGGAGAAACUGCCAUCAUUUUUUGUAGCUGAACAAGCAAAAGAUUGUUUAGCAAAAGCUGAUCGAAUUGAUGCCACAUUCGGCAGAAGUUGUAGUACCCAUCGAAGGAACUUAGACGUGUGGUGCACUCACUGCAAUGAACUCAUAUGCUGUCAAUGUAAGGGGCACUCAGGUCACGACACUUGUAGCCUUAACACAGCCAAUGCGGAAGUCGACACACUUUUCAAGAACUAUCUUAAAGAAAAUUCUAAAUACAAAAACAAAAUCGAUGAGAUUAAAAGUUACAAGCUAACAAUAAAACAACAAAAAGAUGACAGUUUGGAAAGCUUUAUCAAGCGAGCAACUGAAGAAUUUGAAAAACGAGUAGAGUAUAUUAAAAAAGAGGCGGCAGAUAUUGAGAAAAAACAUCUAGGUCAACUCAACCCAAAACUUGAGGAACUUGAAGCAACUUACACCACCAGAAAGAAAAUCACAGAUGACUUCCAGCAAGUCCACAGAGACAAUAUGCAACAAAAGUUACCUUAUCUAAAACAUCUACUACCAGGAGGAACACAAGAUUUAGAAGACGCGGAAGCUUUGCCAUUGUCAAAUCAACCUGAUCAUUUUGAGAGAUUAUUUCAACGUUCUUUUGAUGAUCUCGUCCGAGCAUAUCGAAAUUUAAGGGGGAGGCCGUCUGGUGAUAUCAGAGGUGAGAAGUCUUCUAUGCCACCAGACAUGCUUUUACGCAGUCGUAGUGUCAUUCGAGACGUCUUCGAAAAUCAUCUUGAAGGAGAAAGGUCAACUGUCAUAGUUAGUAAAAUGAAUAAGGAAUACGGGAAGAGCUGGAACUGUUUCAUAGCAAGAAGCGAACCUGAGCUAUCCCAUGGAUUUGACCAUGAAUACACAUUCGAAGCACAAGUGGAUGGCCACACGUUAGUUCUAAGUAAAGUUCCAUCAGCCGAUGAAAAAUGUUUUCCAGACGGCACCAUUUUCCGUCCAGAAAUCAUCAGUAGCAACGUUGACGAGGCAACUCGUGAGAUAGCUUUAAAUCUGUUGAAUGAGUGUCUAAGCAAAGGAGGCGGGUGUACAAGAAACGAUAUUGCAAAGUACAUGAGAAAAUUUGGUGUAAAUGUCAGGUCAACCCGUCCGAACGAAGCUUGGCAGUGUAUCGUGGCUGGAGGACAUAUCGCAAUGCAGAAAGUCAGCAGUUCUUCCAAGCAUAUCUUAAUCCGCGUAGGUCAAGAAAGAAUACUUUUAUUCAAGUGAUAUUAUUGCAAAAAAAAUCCAUCAUACUGUAUGAUAUAUCCAGUAUAGUGGUGCAGCCAUGAUAUAGUGUGGUUAAAUGAUUUUAUGUAAUAAAGUUUAUUGUCUUUCAUCAGUCGUGGGUUCAAAUUGUGUAUGUUUCUUGACUGAAAAUAACUAUUAAUAGUAAACUCAUGUACCAUAUACUAUGAUUAUAUACAGUGUUCAAUUAUUUAAAGAUAAUAUAAAGUUGUUAACAAGAUAAAUGAAUAUAUUUAUACUUAUAAGCAAGAGUGUUGCAGUAGCAUUAAUAAUAUAAUAAUAAUUGGUGUGUGACGUGCAUUAGUGUUAGUCGUGACAGAAGCAAAUGGACAUUUUUCGUUAAACAAUUUAUCAAGCAUUCUUUUCAUUAAUCUCAAUUCUAAAUACUUUAUUAUACUGGAUAAUGAUAAAAAUAAUAAAAACACUCCCAGUUACUGGAAGUGAUUCUACCACUUUUUGCUGUAAAAUUAUGUUUAAACAUUUUUUUAAUACAGUGUUCAAGUUGAUAAUUUUGCUUCAAAAUGAGCAAGUUAAUUAAAAAAAAAUAUUUUUAUAUUUUUGUUAGGUAUUUUGCAUGGUACAACUUCUUUAGUAAGAAAUUUUAAAACAGUAUUGGAAUAGAUUCUAUUUACAUCGCAAUAUUGCCUACAAAAAUUAUAUAAAGUAAUCAACUUGUUAAUUUACGUAUGUUUAUCUUUAAUGUCGGUGUGCGUAUACUGUACUGUAGUUUAUUUGCAUUGUAGAAUCGCUGUAUUAAAAUAUACUUGAUUGUGUUCUAAA